GGUUGUGUCUGGUGCUGAGGUUAACACUGUACUCGAUUUCCCAGGGUCCCGCCGCGGGAGUCUCCGGCGGGCAGGCUCGCGCGAGCCACCGAGCGAGGCUGCUGAGUUAGCGUUCUCCUGGUCUUCGCCUUUCUUUUCCGCUUCUACCCGGUCGGCUGCUACCGCCGCGGCCCCCUGCCCCACCGACAUGGCGGCGGUGUUGCAGCAAGUCCUGGAGCGCACCGAGCUGAACAAGCUGCCUAAGUCCGUCCAGAACAAACUUGAAAAGUUUCUUGCUGAUCAGCAAUCCGAGAUCGAUGGCCUGAAGGGGCGGCACGAGAAAUUUAAGGUGGAGAGCGAACAGCAGUACUUCGAGAUAGAGAAGAGGCUAUCUCACAGUCAGGAGAGACUUGUGAAUGAAACUCGAGAGUGCCAAAGCUUACGGCUUGAGCUAGAGAAGCUCAACAAUCAACUGAAGGCAAUAACUGAGAAAAACAAAGAACUUGAAAUUACUCAGGAUCGCAAUAGUGCCAUUCAGAGCCAAUUUACAAGAACAAAGGAAGAAUUAGAAGCUGAGAAAAGAGACUUAAUUAGAACCAAUGAGAGACUAUCUCAAGAACUUGAAUAUUUAACAGAGGAUGUUAAACGUCUAAAUGAAAAACUUAAAGAAAGCAAUGCAACAAAGGGCGAACUUCAGUUAAAACUGGAUGAACUUCAAGCUUCUGAUGUUUCUGUUAAGUUUCGAGAAAAACGCUUGGAGCAAGAAAAGGAAUUGCUACAUAGUCAGAAUACAUGGCUGAAUACAGAGUUGAAAACCAAAACUGAUGAACUUCUGGCUCUUGGCAGAGAAAAAGGAAAUGAGAUUCUAGAGCUUAAAUGUAGUCUUGAAAACAAAAAAGAGGAGGUUUCUAGACUGGAAGAACAGAUGAAUGGCUUAAAAACAUCAAAUGAGCAUCUUCAAAAGCAUGUAGAGGAUCUGUUGAACAAGUUAAAAGAGGCCAAGGAACAACAGGCCAGUAUGGAAGAGAAAUUCCAUAAUGAAUUAAAUGCUCACAUAAAACUCUCUAACCUGUACAAGAGUGCUGCUGAUGAUUCAGAGGCAAAGAGCAAUGAACUAACCCGGGCAGUGGAUGAACUACACAAACUUUUGAAAGAAGCUGGAGAAGCCAACAAAGCAAUACAGGAUCAUCUUCUAGAGGUAGAGGAGUCCAAAGAUCAGAUGGAAAAAGAAAUGUUCGAGAAAAUAGGGAAGUUGGAGAAGGAAUUAGAGAAUGCAAAUGACCUGCUUUCUGCCACAAAACGUAAAGGAGCUAUAUUAUCCGAAGAAGAGCUUGCAGCCAUGUCUCCUACUGCAGCCGCCGUAGCUAAGAUAGUGAAACCUGGCAUGAAAUUAACUGAGCUGUAUAAUGCUUAUGUGGAAACUCAGGAUCAGUUGCUUUUGGAGAAACUAGAGAACAAAAGAAUUAAUAAAUAUCUAGAUGAAAUAGUGAAAGAAGUUGAAGCAAAAGCACCGAUUUUAAAACGCCAGCGUGAGGAGUAUGAACGUGCACAGAAAGCUGUGGCAAGUUUAUCUGUUAAACUUGAACAAGCUAUGAAGGAGAUUCAGCGAUUACAAGAGGACACUGAUAAAGCUAACAAACAUUCAUCUGUACUUGAAAGAGAGAAUCAAAGAAUGGAAAUACAAAUAAAAGAUCUUUCACAGCAGAUUAGAGUGCUUUUGAUGGAACUUGAAGAAGCAAGGGGUAACCAUGUAAUUCGAGAUGAGGAAGUAAGCUCUGCUGAUAUAAGUAGUUCAUCUGAAGUAAUAUCACAGCAUCUAGUAUCUUACAGAAAUAUUGAGGAGCUUCAGCAGCAAAAUCAGCGUCUCUUAGUGGCUCUUAGAGAACUUGGGGAAACCAGAGAAAGAGAAGAACAAGAAACAACUUCAUCCAAGAUCACUGAACUUCAGCACAAACUCGAGAGCUCUCUCACUGAACUGGAACAACUCCGUGAGUCACGACAACAUCAGAUGCAGCUUGUUGAUUCCAUAGUUCGUCAGCGUGAUAUGUACCGUAUUUUAUUGUCACAAACAACAGGGGUUGUCAUUCCCUUACAAGCUUCAAGCUUAGAUGAUAUUUCACUUGUGUCAACUCCAAAACGUUCAAGUACAUCACAAACAGUUUCCACUCCUGCUCCAGUACCUGUUAUUGAAUCAACAGAGGCUAUAGAAGCUAAAGCUGCCCUUAAACAGUUGCAGGAAAUUUUUGAGAACUAUAAAAAAGAAAAAGCGGAUAACGAAAAAAUACAGAAUGAGCAGCUUGAGAAACUUCAGGAGCAAGUUACAGAUUUGCGAUCACAAAACACUAAAAUGUCUACCCAAUUAGAUUUUGCUUCUAAACGUUAUGAAAUGCUGCAAGAUAAUGUUGAAGGAUAUCGUCGAGAAAUAACAUCCCUACACGAGAGAAAUCAGAAACUCACUGCAACUACUCAAAAGCAGGAACAGAUCAUCAAUACAAUGACUCAAGAUUUGAGAGGAGCAAAUGAAAAGCUAGCUGUUGCGGAAGUAAGAGCAGAAAAUUUGAAGAAGGAAAAGGAAAUGCUAAAAUUAUCAGAAGUUCGCCUUUCUCAGCAACGAGAGUCCUUGUUAGCUGAACAAAGGGGGCAGAACUUGCUGCUAACUAAUUUGCAAACAAUUCAGGGAAUACUGGAGCGAUCUGAGACAGAAACCAAACAAAGGCUUAGUAACCAGAUAGAGAAACUGGAACAUGAGAUCUCUCAUCUAAAGAAGAAGUUGGAAAAUGAGGUGGAACAAAGGCAUACGCUUACUAGAAAUCUAGAUGUUCAACUUUUAGAUACAAAGAGACAGCUUGAUACCGAGACAAAUCUUCAUCAUAACACAAAGGAACUAUUAAAAAAUGCUCAAAAGGAAAUCAUUACACUGAAACAGCAUCUCAGUAAUAUGGAAGUACAACUUACUUCUCAGUCCUCACAGAGAACGGGUAAAGGUCAGCUUAGUGACAAAGAAGCUGUGGAUGAUCUUCUGAGUCAGCUAAGGCAGGCAGAAGAGCAGGUAAAUGACUUGAAGGAGAGACUCAAAACAAGUGCCAGUAAUGUGGAACAGUAUCGAGCAAUGGUUACUAGUUUAGAAGAAUCACUGAACAAGGAAAAACAGGUGACAGAAGAAGUACGUAAGAAUAUUGAAGUUCGUUUAAAAGAGUCAGCUGAGUUUCAGACACAGCUGGAAAAGAAGUUGAUGGAAGUAGAGAAGGAAAAACAAGAACUUCAGGAUGACAAAAGAAAAGCCAUAGAGAGCAUGGAACAACAGUUAUCUGAGUUGAAGAAAACACUUUCUAGUGUUCAGAGUGAAGUACAGGAAGCUCUUCAGAGAGCAAGCACAGCUUUAAGUAAUGAACAACAAGCCAGACGUGACUGUCAGGAACAAGCUAAAAUAGCUGUGGAAGCUCAGAAUAAGUAUGAGAGAGAGUUGAUGCUACAUGCUGCUGAUGUUGAAGCUCUGCAAGCUGCCAAGGAACAGGUUUCAAAAAUGGCAUUAGUCCGCCAGCAUUUGGAAGAAACAACUCAGAAAGCAGAAUCACAGCUGUUAGAGUGUAAAGCAUCUUGGGAGGAAAGAGAGAGAAUGUUAAAGGAUGAAGUUUCCAAGUGUGUGUCUCGCUGUGAAGAUCUAGAGAAACAAAACAGAUUACUUCAUGAUCAGAUUGAAAAAUUAAGUGACAAGGUAGUUGCUUCAGUGAAGGAAGGUAUACAAGGUCCAUUGAAUGUAUCUCUCAGUGAAGAAGGAAAAUCUCAAGAACAGAUUUUAGAAAUUCUCAGAUUCAUACGACGAGAAAAAGAAAUUGCUGAAACUAGGUUUGAGGUGGCUCAGGUUGAGAGUCUGCGUUAUCGACAAAGGGUUGAACUUUUAGAAAGAGAGCUGCAGGAACUGCAGGAUAGUCUAAAUGCUGAAAGAGAGAAAGUCCAGGUAACUGCAAAAACAAUGGCUCAGCAUGAAGAACUGAUGAAGAAAACUGAAACAAUGAAUGUAGUUAUGGAGACAAAUAAGAUGCUAAGAGAAGAAAAGGAGAGGCUUGAACAGGAUCUACAGCAGAUGCAAGCAAAGGUGAGAAAACUGGAGUUAGAUAUUUUACCCUUACAAGAAGCAAAUGCUGAGCUGAGUGAGAAAAGUGGUAUGUUACAAGCAGAGAAGAAGUUAUUAGAAGAGGAUGUCAAACGCUGGAAGACACGGAGCCAGCAUCUAGUAAGCCAACAGAAAGAUCCAGAUACAGAAGAAUAUCGGAAGCUCCUUUCUGAAAAGGAAGUUCAUACUAAACGUAUUCAACAGUUGACUGAAGAAAUUGGGAGACUUAAAGCCGAAAUUGCAAGAUCAAAUGCAUCUUUGACUAACAACCAGAAUUUAAUUCAGAGUCUAAAAGAUGAUUUAAGUAAAGUAAGAACUGAAAAGGAAACUAUUCAGAAGGACUUGGAUGCCAAAAUAAUUGAUAUCCAAGAAAAAGUCAAAACUAUUACUCAAGUCAAGAAAAUCGGACGUAGAUACAAGACUCAAUAUGAAGAACUUAAAGCACAACAGGAUAAGGUCAUGGAAUCUUCAGCUCAGUCUUCUGGAGACUAUCAGGAACAUCAUGUCUCAAUCCAGGAAAUGCAGGAGCUCAAAGAAACCCUCAACCAAGCAGAAACAAAGUCAAAAUCACUUGAGAGUCAAGUAGAGAACCUGCAGAAGGCAUUAUCUGAAAAAGAGACAGAAGCAAGAAAUCUCCAGGAACAGACUGUGCAGCUUCAAUCUGAACUUUCACGACUUCGUCAGGAUCUUCAAGAUAGAACCACACAGGAGGAGCAGCUCCGACAGCAGAUAACUGAAAAGGAAGAAAAAACAAGAAAGGCUAUUGUAGCAGCAAAAUCAAAAAUUGCACAUUUAGCUGGUGUAAAAGAUCAGUUAACUAAAGAAAAUGAGGAGCUUAAGCAAAGGAAUGGAGCCUUAGAUCAGCAGAAAGAUGAAUUGGAUGUUCGUAUGACUGCUCUUAAGUCCCAGUAUGAAGGUCGAAUUAGUCGCUUGGAAAGAGAACUCAGGGAGCAUCAAGAGAGACACCUUGAGCAGAGAGAUGAGCCUCAAGAACCUACUAAUAAGGUCCCAGAACAGCAGAGACAGAUCACGUUGAAAACAACUCCAGCUUCUGGCGAAAGAGGAAUUGCCAGCACAUCAGACCCACCAACAGCCAAUAUUAAGCCAACUCCUGUUGUGUCUACUCCAAGUAAAGUGACAGCUGCAGCUAUGGCUGGAAAUAAGUCAACACCCAGGGCUAGUAUCCGCCCAAUGGUUACACCUGCAACUGUUACAAAUCCUACUACUACUCCAACAGCUACAGUGAUGCCCACUACACAAGUGGAGUCACAAGAAGCUAUGCAGUCAGAAGGACCUGUGGAACAUGUUCCAGUUUUUGGAAGCACAAGUGGAUCUGUUCGUUCUACUAGUCCUAAUGUCCAGCCUUCCCUCUCUCAGCCCAUUUUAACUGUUCAGCAGCAAACACAGGCAACAGCUUUUGUGCAGCCCACUCAACAGAGUCAUCCUCAGAUUGAGCCUGCAAAUCAAGAGUUAUCACCAAACAUCAUAGAGGUUGUUCAGAGUUCUCCAGUUGAGCGGCCUUCUACUUCCACAGCAGUAUUUGGCACUGUUUCAGCUACCCCAAGUUCUUUGCCGAAGCGUACACGUGAAGAGGAAGAGGACAGCACCAUAGAAGCAUCGGACCAAGUCUCUGAUGAUACAGUGGAAAUGCCACUUCCAAAGAAGUUGAAGAGUGUUACACCAGUAGGAACUGAGGAUGAAGUUAUGGCAGAAGAAAGUACCGAUGGAGAGGUAGAGACUCAGGUAUACAACCAGGAUUCUCAAGAUUCCAUUGGAGAAGGAGUUACUCAGGGAGAUUAUACACCUAUGGAGGACAGUGAAGAAACCUCUCAAUCUCUACAAAUAGAUCUUGGGCCACUUCAAUCAGAUCAGCAAACAACAACUUCAUCCCAGGAUGGUCAAGGCAAAGGAGAUGAUGUCAUUGUAAUUGACAGUGAUGAUGAAGAAGAGGAUGAUGAUGAAAAUGAUGGAGAACAUGAGGAUUAUGAAGAGGAUGAGGAAGAUGAUGAUGAUGAUGAAGAUGACACAGGGAUGGGAGAUGAGGGUGAAGAUAGUAAUGAAGGAACUGGUAGUGCAGAUGGUAAUGAUGGAUAUGAAGCUGAUGAUGCUGAGGGUGGUGAUGGGACUGAUCCUGGUACGGAAACAGAAGAAAGUAUGGGUGGAGGUGAAAGCAAUCAGAGAGCUGCUGAUUCUCAAAACAGUGGUGAAGGAAAUACAGGAGCUGCAGAGUCUUCUUUUUCCCAGGAGAUUUCUAGAGAACAACAGCCAUCAUCAGCAUCUGAAAGACAGACCCCUCGAGCACCUCAGUCACCAAGACGCCCACCACAUCCACUUCCCCCACGACUGACCAUUCAUGCUCCACCUCAAGAGUUGGGACCACCAGUUCAGAGAAUUCAGAUGACCCGGAGGCAGUCUGUAGGACGUGGGCUUCAGUUGACUCCAGGAAUAGGUGGCAUGCAGCAGCAUUUUUUUGAUGAUGAAGACAGAACAGUUCCAAGUACCCCAACUCUUGUAGUGCCACAUCGUACUGAUGGAUUUGCUGAAGCAAUUCAUUCCCCACAGGUUGCAGGUGUUCCUAGAUUCCGGUUUGGGCCACCUGAAGAUAUGCCACAAACAAGUUCUAGUCACUCUGAUCUUGGCCAGCUUGCUUCUCAAGGAGGUUUAGGAAUGUAUGAAACACCCCUCUUCCUAGCUCAUGAAGAAGAGUCGGGUGGCCGAAGUGUUCCCACUACUCCUCUACAAGUAGCAGCCCCAGUGACUGUAUUUACUGAGAGUACCACCUCUGAUGCUUCAGAGCAUGCCUCUCAGUCUGUUCCAAUGGUGACAACAUCCACUGGCACUUUAUCCACAACAAAUGAAACAGCAACAGGUGAUGAUGGAGAUGAAGUGUUUGUGGAAGCAGAAUCUGAAGGUAUUAGUUCAGAAGCAGGCCUAGAAAUUGAUAGCCAGCAGGAAGAAGAACCUGUUCAGGCAUCUGAUGAGUCAGAUCUCCCUUCCACCAGCCAGGAUCCCCCUUCCAGCUCUUCUGUAGAUACUAGCAGUAGUCAACCAAAACCUUUCAGAAGAGUAAGACUUCAGACAACAUUGCGACAAGGUGUCCGUGGUCGUCAGUUUAACAGACAGAGAGGUGUGAGCCAUGCAAUGGGAGGGAGAGGAGGAAUAAAUAGAGGAAAUAUUAGUUAAAAGGUCCGUAAACUGUAAAAACUGUGAAUAAGAUUGUCAAAUCUGUUUUAGUGUAAUGAUUGUCGAGUUUAAAAACAUUUUUGUAUUUAAAUUGGUAUGCUCAUCUCAAUAUUCUUUAUUAAUAAAAUGUAUUUCAGUGUCAGAAUUUAUCAUUCUUUUCUUCAUUUCAGUUAGAUGACUCUCCUUUGCCCAUCAUUCUAAGGACAGUUGUACCAGACUUUGGAUAGGGUCUGCCCAGAAUGAGUAGUAACUGCUCUUGCUGUUCUUCUAGGCACAUCGAUGUUAUAGUAAUGAUCUAAAUGGAAGAGAAAUAAUUUUUUUAAUUAAAAAUAAAACACAUAAAAAUAUUUUGUGUUGAUUACUAUACUUAAAGACAGUAUUUAUUACUUUAAUAUCAGAAAUGUUUUUAUUAAUUAAUUUGAACUUUCUGACAAAAAGAAAAACAAUUGCCUUGACAGAUUGACCUUUCAACAUCUUCCAGUGAAAUUAGUUUCAACUCUUCUUUUUGAAGUAAGCAUUUAAGAUUAACCAAGUUAGUAUGAAAAAUAAUUCACUUGGGUUUUAUCCUUUAUUAAAAAUACAUUCUGAUGUCAUUCAUGUUAUAGAAUCCAUAGGCAGAAUAACUUAUAUUUCUGGGCUUUUUAAAGAAAAGUACCUAGGGUAAUAUAAUUUAAUCAAUAAAAUUAGUUUCUCAGGAACUUUUUUCUGUAAUGAUGCAAAUCAGAAUAACUUUGUGGCAAACAAGGCACUUGUUAAUGAUACAGAUGAUAGAAAUAAAAUACUAUUUUCAGUAGUAGUUUUACUCAAGUCGUUGGAUGUUUUAUCAUCUCGUGAAGGUUAGAGCAAAAUUGAAUUGCAGUCCCAUUCAGUUUAAUUGAAAUUAAAUCAGAAAUCUAAACUAUCUUUUUCACAGCAAGUAGACUAAGUAAAGUCAUGUGCUGCAUAACGACGUUUCAAUGAUGGACCACAUGUAUGACAGUGGUCCCGUGAGAUUAUAACAGAGCUGAAAACUUCCUAUCCCCUAGUAACAUGGUAGCCAUUGAAAUGUUGUAGCGCAAUGCAUUACUCACGUAGGAGCAGAAGGCUAUAUACCAUCUAGGUUUGUUUAAGUGCAUUCUUAUCAUGUUUGCACUACAACAGAAUUGCCUAACAACCCAUUUCUCAGAACCUAUCUCAGUCAUUAAGUGGCACAUGACUGUUAACAGUUUAACUUCUCACCUUCAGUCUCCAUUGCACACUUGGUGUUUCUGCUUUCGUUAUAUUUUCACAAAUUUUUGCAAGCGAGAUCACUUUGGGAAGUAUUAACCUUUUACUUAAUAACUUACCCUUAGAAAAGGCGUAGUAAUCAUAGCCAUCAGGUUUUCUGAUGUUGGGCAGCGAUAUAGCAGAGGUAACCACACUUGGAAAUCCUCUCCACAGUGUACUCACUUUAACUUCAUUAUGGAGUAAACCUGCAGAUGACAUUUUUAAUAAAAGGUAUCAGAUUAAAAGGCAAUAUACUAUCUUGGAAAGAGCCAAACAGACCUGGGUUUUACUCUGUUCACUUAAUAGUUCUGUUACUUUGGUGAGUUAUCUAAUUUUAGUCCCUCAGUUUUUGCCCUCUGACAUGGCACUAAUACUUAGUAUUAAAAAAUUUUUUGAGGGUUACUGAUUUCUAUAUAAUGUUGUUGGUUAAGAGGAACUUGAUUAAUACUAUUUAUUGUAAUUAACAAGCCUGAAUAAACUUUUCCUUACCCACAAAGAAAGUACUGAUCUUUGAAUAUUCACUAAAACAUAUUUGAUAUGUAAGCUUAAAUUAUUAGGGCUAUUUGGUCAGUAUUUAAUAAGCCUUGCUCUGUAAGAAACUGUAUUACA